AUGGGCUCAUAUUGUCACCGACGUUAUGUGUCGCGCCUCUUUCAGAAUUUUGGCAAGCUGCAGCCAAAAAUGAAAACUGAACAGGAAGCUGGGCUGUCAUGUAAUAGCCAUAAGUUGAUGCUCUAUAAUGAUAUCAUAGCUCCCAGCUAUUUUGGAGGAUUCCAUAUGCUUCCGCUGGGAGUACGUGCCCUUGAAAAGCUGACACGACUUGUGGAUCAGGAGAUGCAGACAGUUGGGGGACAAAAGAUUGCCAUGACGACUCUUGCCAAAGAAUCUUUGUGGCAGAAAUCUGGCAGGUGGGAGACAGCAGGGGCUGAAUUAUUUACACUCAAGGAUAGGCAGAAACAUCAAUUUUGUCUCGGACCGACACAUGAGGAGCUUGUGACACAGCUGUUGGCGAACAACCAGGUUUCUUACAAGCAGUUGCCAAUCAGACUGUAUCAGAUAACCCGAAAAUUUCGUGACGAAAUGGCACCCAAAUACGGCCUCUUACGAGGAAGAGAGUUUGAAAUGAAAGAUAUGUACACGUUUGAUACAAAUAAAGAUACUGCACUGGAAACCUACAAUGCCGUGUGUGAAGCUUACGACCGCAUCUUUGAUAGAAUAGGUGUAGAGUACGUCAAAGUAUCUGGAGCUACAGGCUUGAUUGGGGGAGAUUUGUCUCAUGAGUAUCACUACCAGACCGACGUAGGCCAGGAUUCUGUUUUGCUGUGCGACAGGUGUGAGGUUAAGAUGAACAAGGAACUGGCAGCUGUAGAUGGAAGCUUGCCCAGCUCCUGCCAAUUGCCCGCUACAGACUGUGAGCUGCAAGAACGGAAAGGAAUUGAGGUUGGCCACACAUUCUACCUGGGCACAAAAUACUCAUCUAUAUUUAAUGCAGCAUACAGAAGUCAAGAAGGACAAAACAUACAUUACAGUAUGUGUUGUUUUGGUCUGGGCAUGACACGGAUUAUACAGUCCACAGUUGAAGUUUUGUCAACAGAAAACAACCUGAGGUGGCCCAGUUUGAUUGCCCCUCAUCAGAUUUACAUAAUUCCUAAGAAGGAUGGGCCACGGGGAAGUGAGUACCUGGCAGCGGCAGGAUCUUUGAGUGAUUCCUUCACACAGCGACCACAUCUGAGGGGAGAAGUGGUCAUUGAUGACAGGAUGUCCAUGACGAUUGGCAGACGGCAGGUUGAUGCCGACAGGCUUGGCUACCCAUACAUAGUGAUUCUGGGAGUGAAGGCUCUUGAAUCUCCUGCCUUAUAUGAGGUGGUCAACGUAGCUAAAGGAGAAACAACAUUUAUGAGUGAAGAUCAACUGAUGGCAUUAGCAGACACCAUUGAGACAAUAUAG